UUGACUUUCUGCCAGAUUUUCCUUCCUCACUUCCAGAGAGCUGCACCUGUAAUUUUCCCUAUGAACCUCUCCCUAAUUUUCAACUAUAUUUUGUGGCGUUGUGGGUUGCGUUUUCCCCAAAGAGUUUACUUGUUUCAGCUGCGUCCCUCCAUCACCCCAAACUGGACCAGCUGCCUGAAGACGGUGCAGGAAUGCUGCAUGGAUCCGGAGCCCCAGUAGCCUACAGGAGAUGUAUAGUUGAAGAUUGAACUUGGUGACAUCAAUGAUAUGGAUAACCUCUUCAGUCUUCUCUCUUCGGAAUGAAUAAGUGCGUAAGAGCCGGAGCGCUGGAUUGGACUGUGGUUUUCCGUGGGAGAGGAGGCGGAGGGGGAGCGAGGGGGAGAAGAGAGGGGCAGGUUGGACAGAUGGAGGACGGCGGUACCCGGCACCUGGGAUGCUGCGUGGUUGACGUGAACGAGCUGAGCGCCAACCCUGAAGGACUGAGCGCUGCCGCUGUGACUACAACUCCAAAGCUGCGACAGUUGGAGUUCAGCAUUGCCUGUAAUGAUCUGGCGGCCUCGGGCAGAGACAGGAAGCCCAAUGCUUUGGUCCAGGUGGCUGUCAUAGAUCCCCAGAAGCAGCAGCUCGUCUUCCAUGCCUGCACAGAGAUAGUGGAGGCAAACAAAGACCCGCUGUUUUUGACGGGGGUGACCUUCCCUUCAGAAUAUCCUGACAGCCAAGACUCGCUGGUCAAGCUAACUGUGUAUGAUGCAAAAAACAAGAGCCAAGAAUCAUUUGAGACUGCAUCAUGUCGCCAAACAUCUGAUCUGAAACGCACAGAGAGUGAGAGAGUCUGGCGAAGCCUCUUGUGUGAUUCUCAAAGCUCCUUCCUCGGUAGCGCCACCUUUUCCAUCGGGGAUCUGCUGAGGGCUAAAGAUGGACGACUGACCUUGAGCCUGAGGUCGUCGGAUGGUGUGUGCCCAGCAGGAACAGUGGUAGUGAGUCGUCUGAAGAUGGGGGAGGUGGAGGAGGCCGACCACAUCGCCACCGACUCGUCCUCACAGAAGUGUCCUUUGGUGUGUGAGCCUGCAGACCAGCCCUGCAUUGACAGAGAGGAUUACGCUCUAACUGGGCCAGUGUUCAGGAACCCAGUAUGCAAGGUGUACAGAUUUCAGACAGUGGACAGCAAGUGGAUGCUGGUGCGGGAACAAAUGGAGGAGUGCACUCUGUCAUUCACCAUCCCCAAACAGCUGAUGUCGCUCUACAUCCAGGAGGACAGGAGCAGGUUGCAGGAUCUGGAGGAAUUGGGGGAGCUCUCUCCUCACUGGGACAACCUGAGGAAGGAGGUUGUGAUGCGAUACGGAGGAAUCAUCAGCUCUUACCAGGAGACUUUGGCUGAACUGGAGAAGAUAAGCGGUUCAUUCAAGCCGAGUUGCUGCAAAGCCCAGAAGUCUCUGGAGUUCAUCCCAAUAAACCUGCACACCCAGAGGAUGAGAGUGACAUGCCCCCAAAAAACAGAUGCUUUGUAUGACAUUAUCACUGUCGGUGCUCCAGCAGCCCACUUCCAGGGCUUUAAGUGUGGCGGCCUGCAGCGUCUCCUGAGCAGAUAUGAAGCAGAGAAGAAAAGCUUUAGCACUGCCUACCAGUGUAUCUACUACUCCCCUCAGCACACGGCUAAAGCUCAGGAGGUACUCAGCACCGUGAGUCUCCUCCAGCCCCUCAUCACAAGCUUGGCUGACCAGCUCCUCCAGGCCGCCCUUGAACACUCCUCCUCUGGGCUCAAGGAUGCACUAAAGAGCCUUUCCGACAAGACGGAGCACUUUGUCCACACGCUUAAGGACGAAUUGGUCAAGAGCGCCCUGCUAGCGCUGCACGCGGCUCGGCCCGGGUUCAUCUCCAAGGGCCAGAAGCAAACUCCAGUGCUGUGUCACCAGCAAAGCCAGGGUGGGGACCUGAAUCACAGUCCGGUCCAAGGACUACCUGGCCACAGUCCGGCCACGCCUGUCACAGAAAGCCCGGUGGCGUGUAAUAAUGUGAAAGGAGGAGACGGCGGGUCGCUGAAGCACCAAGACUCCAUACCACACCACAAAGAAUACGACGAGGAGGAAUGGGACAGGGUUUGGGCCAACGUUGCCAAAUGUCUCAACUGUGUGAUCGCCAUGGUGGAUAAACUCCUCGAAGGUGACAACAGCAAGCCAGAGCCAGCGCCGGAGCAACAGCUUGCUGAUGUCAUCACCUCACACAACCCAGGUGACUGGCGAGAGCAGCUGAGUCCUCUGGUGACCAGACUAAAGGAGUGCGUGUUGGAGGUGGUGGAGAAAGCAAAGAGAGCAAUGACCUUUGUCCUCCUGCAGGAGGCAGUGUGCAGCAUACCUCAAGGCCUCCACCUGCAGCAGAGGAGAGACAUAGUCUUCAGUCAGGCACUGGCAGCGCUGGCGUGUGGCUUUGUGAUGAGGCUGUAUGCAGGCUUACAGGACAAAGACUUCCUGAGGCAGCUCCACCUCGUCGGCCUGGUGGCUCAGUUCGAGAGCCUGCUGAGCACUUACAGUGAAGAGAUCGGGAUGCUUGAGGACAUGGAGAUUGGAAUCUCUGACCUGCAGAGAGUCACGUUCAAGAUCACAGAGGCCAAAGCGGAUGACCUCAGUGACCUGCAGCCUUCAGUUUGUGGCCGACGAGACCACUUCACUGUCGAAGUGCCAUUACCACAAGUGAUUUUUCAGACCUUGCCAGAAGAGAUCCAGGAGGGCAGGCCUCUGCGAGUUUUUCCCGUUCUGUUUAAUGUUGGCAUCAAUGAGCAACAAACUAUAGCUGAGAGGUUCGGCGAUAUCUCUCUACAAGAAAGAAUAAACCAGAAGAACUUUGAGAUUUUAGAAGCUUAUUAUAAGACGUUAAGAGAAAAGGUGCCACUAGAAUGUCUACCAUGUUUUCAGACACAGACUGACAUAAAGGAAUUACUUGAAACGCUGGGCCAGAAUGUAGUCACAAAGAAGAGGAAGAACGUUGAAAUACUGUGGAUCGCUGGAACUAUUUGCCGAAGGCUGAAUGGAAUCCGAUUUACCAGCUGUAAAAGUGCCAAAGACCGAACAUCCAUGUCUGUCACAUUAGAGCAGUGCGCCCUACUGAGGGACGAACACCAGCUCAGCAAGGACUUCUUCGUCCGAGCUCUGGACUGCAUGCGGAGAGAAGGAUGUCGGAUUGAGAACGUUCAAAAGAAUAUUAGAUGCAGGAAAUACGCCUUCAACAUGUUGCAGCUGAUGGCCUUCCCCAAAUGCUACCGACCUCCAGACGGGACGUACGGCAAAGUUGACUCCUAAGGACUCGUGGCGCGGAGUGUACUGUAAAUAAAACCUCAUUUUGUGAUAUUCAGGAAAGAAAUAUCGACACUUACGAACAGGAAUGAAUACGCAAACCGUUUUAUUGUUGAACUUGUAUUUAUGUUAUCGGGGUACAAUUAUUGACAUCCAGAAAGGAAUUUGUCAAACAUGUUGCUUUGAAAGCAAGAGCACUUUUUAUUCAUAUGCUUAUUUUUAUCUUGGCCCUGGUGGCAAUGCAUAACCUUAUCCUGAGUGUGUGUGUGUGUGUGUGUGUUCACGUGUGUGUGUGUGUGUGUGCAUGUUUAAAUGCAAAGUACUUUUAUGUGGAAGUCACCUGUCCAACAACAUUCACCUUUCUGAUGCUCAAAAUGUUUUUUAGCUGUCUCAGCUUUACAAUGGACACACACACACACACGCGCACACACCCACACACAUAUAUAUCCCUUUUUUUAAUUUAUGUGCUGAUUAAAUAAACGUUUUCUUUAACCUUUAGCACAUUUAUAUGUUACAGACAAAUAGAUGGAUAGAUGAAUCGUUAUUCAUGUCACUUUUAUAUUUAUAUUCUUUUAAGAUGUCUAUUUAAAAUUGCUUCAUUUUUUAUUAAGUUGACUGUAAACUGUAUAUGUGUUGUAACUGGCUUACUGUUCAUUUUUACAAAUACAAAUUUGUCAUAAUUUUAUGUUAUUGACUCCAAAUAAUAUAAAUAAGGGAAUACAAGUUUUGCUUUCUAAUAAAAUAAAAUGCUGGCAACAAAUAAGAUAAA